AUGGGCAGUAGAGUUACUGAGUUUGGGAUUACCUUUGAAGCACGUAAAGCAAUUAAAGCACAAGCAUUAGCUGAUUUUCUGGUAGAAAUGACGCAUCAUGGAGGUACCGAAGAAAAUAAUUGGUGGAAGUUGUUUGUAGACGGAUCAUCCAAUAAAAGAGGUAGUGGGGUUGGAAUUAUAGUCGAGAAUUCAGAGGGGGUGGCAGUAGAGCAUUCCUUGUCGCUAGCAUUCCCCACAAGUAAUAAUCAAGCCGAGUAUGAAGCACUGAUUGCUGGGUUGAUUUUGGCAAAAGAGCUCGGAGCGGAGUGUUUGACAGUGUAUAGUGAUUCUCAGUUGGCGACUUCACAAAUAAGCGGGGUGUACCAAGCAAGAGGGGAAGUUAUGAUUAAGUACUUAGCAAAAGUACAAGAACUGAUGAGAGAAUUUAAGGAGAUCCGCGUAGAGCAUAUUCGGAGAAGUGAUAAUGUACGAGCAGACGUCUUAUCCAAGUUGGCCAGUACUAAAGCCACUGGAAGUUUGAGGACUAUUAUUCAGCAGAGCAUUCGGGCUCCGAGUGUAGUAUGGAUGGUAGAAGAGGUAGAUUGGAGGAGCCCAAUUAAGGAUUAUCUGGCGAAUGAAUAUGUGUUAGAAGAGAUACUGAAGGAAUUAACGGGCACCACCUUGGUGGGAAGUCGUUGGCAAGGAAAGCUAUACGAGCAGGAUAUUUUUGGCCAACGAUGGGAGAAGACGCUAAAAGACAUGUUCAGAAAUGUGAUCAAUGCCAGAAGUCCCUUUCCUAGGGCAGUUGGAGGAGUUAGAUAUCUGAUAGUGGCCGCAGAUUAUUUCACUAAGUGGAUUGAAGCGGAACUGGUAGCGACUAUUACUGCUCGGAAGGUCCAGAAGUUUUUCAUUGGAAAGAUAGUUUGUAGAUUUGGUAUUCCGGCCAUAAUUAUCACUGAUAAUGGGACACAGUUUAUAGACAAGAAGUUCAGACAGAUGGUAGCCGACUUGGGGAUAAGGCACAAGUUUGCUGCAGUAGAACAUCCCCAAACGAAUGGGCAAGUAGAGUCAGCUAACAAAAUCUUGACGAAUGGGCUGAAAAGGAGGGUGGAAGGGUGUAAAGGAAGUUGGGUGGAAGAGUUGGAUAAUGUGUUGUGGGGAUAUAAGACCUCCGUGCAGUCCAGCAUUCAAGAAACACCAUUUAAGAUGACAUAUGGUUUUGAUGCUAUGUUGCCGGUUGAAGUCGGAGAGCCAACCUGGAGAAGGAAAAUGAUAUUAGAAGAAAAUGAAGACGGGAAUGCUGAGAUGAUGAAAAUUGAUUUACAGUUGUUGGAAGAAGAACGAGAAAAUGUGGCAAUGGUUUAG